AAAAGACUCAACACUCCACUCACCAGUUUUUGUAAUGAAUGUUUACUAUUUACAAUUUUGAAUUUACAAAUACUAACUAUUAGCUUGCAACGAUUUUAAAAAUUAUAUCUCUUUUAUUUAAGUGUAUUGUUUACCACAGCAAGCUUUAAGUUAAACAUGAAUCCUCCGUCACCAUGGAAAAAACCAAGCGAAGUUAUGCAAAUUCACAAAAUAAAAAAACGGAAAAAAGCAUUACAGGAACGCAUGAAACAGCCAUCAAAUUUAAAUACUACAGAGCCAAGUGGAUCUUCCAAAGGAACUGUUGACUUGGAUUUCUCACGAAUACUGAAUGGAGACAAAAGAAAAAAUCCAUUUUCAAAAAAUAAUCAUGAGUUAACCAAAAAAGUGAAACUAGAAGAGAGUUCAAACAUUGAUGAAUCAAACGACAAAACAUUAUUUGCUUUAUUAAAACUACAGUUACCAUCAAUAGAGAAACCACCGGUAGAACUUGACACGGAGAAGUUAACAACAUUUUCUAAUAUUUUACAAAAAUUCACAGCUGACCAUACAGUAGAGACGCAACACAUACCAAGCAAGAAGUAUAAAAAGCUGUCAAUUGACUGGGCUCUUAAAACUAAAUUAAGACUAAUGUCCCCCAGACCGUUCCCUUGGAGCACCAAAUUAAAAGCAAGUGAAGAAGCAUCUGGUAUCACGGGGUUCGUCCGCUGCCUGGACACCAGCUCGUCGUCGACGCUGGACACGUCGCCUCGCGCCCGCUUCCAUCAGACGUGCCUGUACUGGCAGCACCCGCACCUGCCGUGGCUCAACCUCUUCCCUCGCGCCAGUGGCAGGGUGGCCGCCACCAGCUUCAUGGCCACCAACGAUGAAGUGAAGCAGGCUCUACUCACAGAGUGGACCGAGAGCUUUCGCUCCUUAUUUCAGCUGGUGCGCGCGCGUCACUGCCCCUACUUCUACGUGUGCGCCAACACGUUUACGGUCCUGUUCCGCGCGGCCGGCCUGUGCGGCGCCCCGGAGCCCUGCGCGCUGCUCGUGCCCAGUACGCGGGGGCUGCGCCAGACGCUUCGGCAAGAAGACGUAGAAUUCACAAUGCCACUGCGACCCGACAUAAAGAAGUGUCUGAACAGAUCGGACGAGGAUCGCAAGAACACCUCGCACGACAGCUGCUACGACACAAUGGACUGCGCGGGAGCUGACGACGAUGAUGCCGACGAGGACGCUGACGAGCUCCUGUCGCAAAUGGGGCUCGAGACGGAGCAGAUCAAGAAGAUCAGUAACGCGCAGGCGCGCGUGGCGGCGGGCCUGGAGCGCGGCGUGGACAGCGCGCACGAGUCGCUGGUGCUGGUGCGCGGCUCGGACGCGCAGGCGCUCUUCAACUUCCUGCUGAACUGUCGCUCGCUGGCCAGCAGCAGCGGGCCGCUGGCCGCCGUGCCGCCCACGCUGCUGGCGCCCACGGCCUUCCACGGGGGCACGCUGCAGUCGCUCAAGAUGAGAGAAAAUGUGAUAUUAUCGGAUAGCAAGAAGUACUACUCGAUCGAGGUCCGCGGGCCCAUCCUGCCCACAGCCGUGCACGCCCUGCUGGAGGUGGCCAGGUCCUCCUGCGGCUCUUCCUUCAGCGCCACACUGGCACACCACCAGCCCACACUCGCCUUCUGCUGGGCCUCUCCCGGCAUCACUCAAGAUGAGAUUAGUAAGGAGAAUGAAAAUCACUUCGCGAAAGCGUUCAACAAAGAGAACUUAUCGGACUGUGGCAUCAGUGAACAGUUGUUGGCGCACUUUUGUUCACCCGACCCCAGUGUUGUGAGACCUCUAGACAGUGUUAAGUAUAAUUUAGAAGAUGAUACGUACACCUGGUGAUGUAUACAUAAUUAUCAUUUUUGUAUCAAACUCAAUAAGAUUUCUUUUUAAAAUCUUAAUUUGAUUGACACAAUAAUUUUUAUGGACUGAUAAUAAUGAAUUCAUGGUAUUGUAACCGGAAUAAUGAAAUGAUGAUAUUAUGUUUUGUGACCUGUCCAUAUUCUGUGAUUGUUUUGUUUGUAGAUCAAUUGUUGUGCAUGAAAUAAAAUUGUUUUUUUUAA